GUUUGCUCAGGCUGACUGCGACCCUUCUCAGCUUUAACUCUUGAAGCCCUUUCUGGAGCCACCAGCCUGCAGUCUGAGGACUGGUGAUGGGGCCUGUGCGGGCCUCGCCUUUAGCCCAGCCUGUGCUGGCUGUUCUGGGGCUCGUUAUCGGCGUGUGGAGCCUCAACCCGGAUGACCCUAACGUCUGCAGUCACUGGGAAAGCUAUGCAGUGACUGUGCAGGAGUCGUACGCUCAUCCGUUCGACCAGAUCUACUACACCAGGUGCACGGACAUCCUCAACUGGUUCAAGUGCACCAGACACAGAAUCAGCUACAAGACAGCAUACCGGCGGGGGGUGCGCACCAUGUACCGCCGCCGCUCCCAGUGCUGCCCCGGCUAUUUUGAGAGUGGAGACCUGUGUGUCCCUCUGUGUACUGAGGAGUGCGCCCACGGCCGCUGCGUGUCUCCAGAUACGUGUCAGUGUGAGCCGGGCUGGGGAGGGCUGGACUGCUCCAGUGGCUGUGAGAGCGGUUACUGGGGGCCGCACUGCAGUAACCGCUGCCAGUGCCAGAACGGAGCUCUGUGCAACCCAAUCACCGGAGCCUGCGUCUGCACCGACGGCUACCAAGGCUGGCGCUGCGAGGAUCACUGUGAGCCGGGCUACUACGGCAAGGGCUGCCAGCUGCAGUGCCAGUGUCUUAACGGUGCCAUCUGCCACCACGAGACUGGGGAGUGCAUCUGUGCACCAGGGUAUAUGGGCGCUGUCUGCGGAGAGCGAUGUCCCUCGGGCAGUCAUGGGCCUCAGUGUGAGCAGCGCUGCCCCUGCCAGAAUGGAGGAACCUGCCACCACAUCACCGGAGAGUGCUCGUGCCCGGCUGGCUGGACCGGGUCCGUGUGUGCCCAGCCUUGUCCAUUAGGCAAAUAUGGCAUUAACUGCAGCAAGGACUGCUCGUGCCGCAAUGGUGGACUGUGCGACCACAUCACCGGGCAGUGCCAGUGUAUGGCAGGCUACACUGGCCGCAGGUGCCAGGAGGAGUGCCCCGUAGGCACGUACGGCCCGCAGUGUGCCCUCCAUUGCGACUGUCAGAAUGGGGCCAAGUGUUACCAUAUCAAUGGGGCGUGUCUAUGUGACACAGGCUUUAAAGGACCUCACUGCCAAGACAGAUUCUGCCCCCCAGGGUUAUAUGGCCUCAUCUGUGACAAGUACUGCCCCUGUAAUGCUACAAAUACACUCAGCUGUCACCCUCUCUCAGGGGAGUGCUCCUGUGCCGCAGGAUGGACUGGCCUGUACUGCAAUGAGACCUGUCCCCCAGGCUACUACGGCGAGGGCUGCAGCUUGCAGUGCCACUGUGCCAAUGGAGCAGACUGCCAUGGGGUCAGCGGGGCUUGUGUCUGCGCCCCUGGCUUCACUGGAGAUGACUGCUCCCGCACGUGCCCACCUGGAUUUUAUGGAACUAACUGCACAUCCACCUGCUACUGCCAUAAUCAGGCCUCCUGUUCCCCCAUCGAUGGCUCCUGCAUCUGCAAAGAAGGUUGGCAGGGUGUGGACUGCUCCAUCUUGUGCUCCAGUGGAACAUGGGGUCUGGGCUGUAACCAAACCUGCGCGUGUGUUAACGGGGCGGCCUGUGACCCCAUGGAUGGAUCUUGCUCCUGUGCGCCGGGCUGGAGGGGCGAACACUGCCAGCUACCUUGCCCUGAUGGCACCUACGGGUUGGAUUGUCGGGAACACUGUGACUGUAACCAUGCCGACGGAUGUGACCCAGUCAGUGGUUAUUGCCAUUGUUUGGCAGGUUGGACAGGGAUCCACUGUGACAACGUCUGCCCUCAGGGUUUCUGGGGGCCCAACUGCUCCAUGACCUGCUCGUGCCAGAACGGAGGCUCUUGCUCCCCCGAGGAUGGCACCUGCGUGUGCGCUCCAGGCUACCGCGGCACCUCCUGCAAAAGAAUCUGUUCUCCUGGGUUCUACGGCCACCGCUGCAGUCAGAACUGCCCUCAGUGUGUGCACAGCACAGGUCCAUGCCAUCACAUCACAGGCCACUGUGAAUGCUUGUCCGGUUUUUUUGGCCCACUGUGCAACCAAGUGUGUCCCAGUGGACGGUUUGGAAAGGCCUGUGCUGAAGUGUGCUUCUGCACCAACAACGGCACCUGCAACCCCAUUGAUGGCUCCUGCCAGUGCUUCCCUGGCUGGAUUGGAGAUGACUGUUCGCAGACGUGUCCAAUAGGCCAGUGGGGACCUGACUGCCUGAACUCAUGCAACUGUCACAACGGAGCCCAGUGUAGUCCCUACGAUGGAGAGUGCAGGUGCAGCCCCGGCUGGACUGGCCUGUACUGCACACAGCGCUGCCCCUCAGGCUUCUAUGGGCGAGACUGUGCUGAAGUGUGCCGCUGUCAGAAUGGAGCGGACUGUGACCACAUCACUGGCCAGUGUGCCUGUCGCACUGGCUUCAUUGGGGCCAGCUGUGAGCAAAAGUGUCCUCCUGGGACGUUUGGCUAUGGCUGUCAGCAGCUAUGUGAGUGUAUGAACAAUGCUACCUGUGACUAUGUGACUGGAACCUGCUACUGCAGCCCUGGAUACAAAGGGAUUCGCUGUGACCAGGCGGCCCUAAUGAUGGAGGAGCUGAAUCCCUACACCAAGAUCAGCCCAGCCCUGAGCUCCGAGCGCCAGUCGGCCGGCGCCGUCAUGGGCAUCAUCUUCCUUCUCCUCAUCAUCAUGGCCAUGCUCAGCUUGUUUGUGUGGUACAGGCAGCGGCAGCGGGACAAGGGUCAGGACAUGCCGAGCGUAUCCUACACUCCGGCCCUGCGCAUCACCAACACUGACUACUCGCUCUCUGAUACGUCUCAGAGCAGCAGCAGUGGACAGUGCUUCUCUAACCCCAGCUACCACACUGUGGCCCAGUGCACCGGGCCCUCUUCCAACACCAACAACCUAGACGGCACGCUCACUCUGAAGAAAGGAGACAGGAACAGUUCAGAAUGGAGAGCAUACUGCAAUUUGAAUGACCUUGGUGUGACACGGGAGGAGACGCUAACACUGCGGGACAACAAAACCACUCGAAUGGCUAAAGACUACAUCAAGACAUCCAUGUGCAGCUCCAGCUCCUGCUCCCUAAAUAGUGAGAACCCCUACGCCACGAUCCGAGACCCACCGGGCUUGGCCUGCAAGCACACAGAGAGCAGCUAUGUGGAGAUGAAGUCUCCUGCACACAGAGACCUGACGUUCUGCUCCAGCACCAGCACCACCCUCACCUCUACAAGCAGGAAUGUCUACGAUGUUGAACCCACAGUGAGUGUUCUUCAGGGACCCAAUGGCUUGGCCACUGGUUUCUCCCAGAACCCAUACGACCUGCCCCGGAACAGCCACAUCCCCAGCCACUACGACAUCCUGCCAAUGCGCCACAGCCCCCCCAACACCCCACCGCCGCCAGACAGCCCCCCGAGCUCCCUGCUGUAGAGCCCAGGCCACAGCCUACCUCCACAAUACAACCUCCACCACCUGACUCUGCAGGACGUUCUCGUUUAUCUUUUUUAUCUCAUCUGAUUUCUGUCCAUCAUGCUCACGCACAGAUGCAUGAGAAGAUGGACAUAAAGGCAGCAGCGAUACCACAUUUUGCUGGAUUUUUGUGUGCGCUUACACUGAUGGCAGGGAAAGAUACAAGCAACUACUCACUUCUCUGCAUUCAGACCUGGAUGAAGGGAUUUCAUUUUGUGCAGAAAAGACUGAACCAAGGAGAAACGAAGAAAUCACAAAAACCUGAAGUACUCUGUAAUAAAUUGUAAAUAUUGCAGCAGAUUAUGGGGCCAGCAAAGUACUCUUGAUCAGUUCCAGAAUAUGAGUGCUGUCUUCAGCCAUGGAAGGAACAUUCAUGGGAGUCUCGUGUAUAUAAUAUCAGUGGUAGACUAAUAGAUGGCUCAUGCUCCACAAUGGUCCAUCUGUCCCCUCUACCAGUCAAACAGUGACUGACCCAGGACAUCUUGUUUGGAGCCAAGGGGAACUGUCAGCCACAGAUGCAGUGUCAACCUCGACCAUUCACUAGUUAAAGAGGACUCAAAACCCUUAGUGACAAAGCAUGGUUAAAUAGUAAGUAGUUAUUAUUGUACAAAGAGAAUUACCAAAAGAAGAGUUUUUAAGAACGUUACUUUUUUGAUAACAUUAUAGUAUAUGGGACUUCAAGACUUUAAACCACAUUCAUGGGGUAUUUUAAAAAUGAUAAAACAACUGUAGCUCGAUACAACUUGUGCAAUGUCACUAAUGGUACUAGUCUAUCAACCUGCUGUUUCAUAAAAAUAUUUUAUGAAUGGUUAUAUUUCAAGGUAGCAGGUGUAAUGUCAUGUGAAUGUGUGAACUCAAACUAUAGUGUCAAGUUAU